GCGGAGAGUCUUUCCCUCCAGGAUGCUUCUCUGCAAGGAGCGAAAGAAGGCAAUAGAACAGUGACAGAGCCAGAGACCCUUGCCAUUUUCUCCGUUCUGGUUUAUUUCAAAACCCUAGAACAGUUCAACAACUCCGUUCCCGUUCCGGUUUGUCGCAAAAACCCGUCGCGAUAAAAUUUAAAUUACUGUUUUAAGCAAACAAUGGAAGAAUUAGCUCCUUUGCCUCCACCACCUCCAAAGGUUCCACAUAAUGUGAAGCCAGAACUGGCUGAGGCAGUGAAUCCUAAGCAUGCAAUCAUCAGCAGGCGUGGAUUUGGGACUAGUGGGCGUCGUGUACCAUUGCUCACCAAUCACUUCAAAGUUUCUCUAAAUCUACCAGAUCCGGUGUUUUACCAAUACAGUGUUUCUAUUUCUACAGAAAACAAUAGACCUGUAGAAGGCAGGGGUAUUGGGAGAAAACUAAUUGAUAGGGUUUACCAAACAUACUCCCCCGAACUUGCCGGUAAAAGGUUUGCAUAUGAUGGAGAAAAGACUUUGUUUACAGUCGGUCCUCUGCCGCAGAACAAGUUAGAGUUCAAUGUGGUUCUUGAGGAGACAUUUGCCAAACAUGAAACUCGGAGCCCUGGGGGUGGUGGGAGCCCAAGUGUCUCUGGUAAGCGAUCAAAGCGUAAUUUGCGCUCUAACGCUUUCAAGGUAGAGAUAAGCUAUGCUGCUAAGAUACCCAUGAAGUAUAUAUCUCUUGCCCUCAAAGGAGUUGAAGCUGAAAGUGUCGCUCAGGAUGUGUUGAGAGUGCUUGACAUUGCUUUGAGGCAGCAAGCAGCUAACAAGGGGUGUCUUCUGGUAAGGCAGUCAUUCUUUCAAGAUGAUUCAAGGAAUUUUACCGAUAUUGGAGGGGGUGUUAUUGGUCUCCGAGGGUUCCACUCGAGCUUCCGUACCACACAGGGUGGUUUGUCGCUUAACAUGGAUGUAUCAACAACCAUGAUCCUGAAACCUGGAAAGGUGAUUGAUUUUCUAAUGGCUAACCAGAAUGUACGGGAACCUCGCUAUAUUGACUGGGUUAAGGCAAAAAGAAUGUUGAAAAAUUUGAGGAUUAAGACAACCCACCGCAACAUGGAAUUCAAGAUCACAGGUUUGAGUGAGAAGCCGUGCAAUCAGCAAUACUUUCCUUUGACUGUGAAAAACAAAGGUAGUGCACUGGGCGAAGGACAUACGGUAGAGAUAACUGUUCAUGAGUAUUUUGCUAAACACCGUGGCAUAGAACUCUCCUAUUCAACGUACCUGCCAUGCCUUGAUGUUGGUAAAUCAAAGCGGCCAAACUAUGUGCCGUUGGAGCUCUGUUCACUUGUUUCACUCCAGCGUUACACAAAAGCAUUAUCUUCAACUCAAAGAGCAUCAUUGGUAGAAAAGUCGAGGCAAAAGCCUCAGGAGAGGAUACGUACUUUGACUGAUGCUGUGAGAAACAAUCAGUAUGACAAUGAACCUGUGUUUGCUGCAUGUGGAAUUUCCAUAGACAGAAAAUUAACACAAGUUGAUGGUCGUGUCCUUGAGACUCCCAAGUUGAAGGUUGGUAACGGUGAGGAUUGUUUCCCUCGCAAUGGACGAUGGAACUUUAACAACAAGACACUUUUAAACCCCACUCGCAUCAAUCAGUGGGCUGUUGUAAACUUUUCUGCUCGUUGUGAUACUAGCCGUAUUUCACACGAUCUGAUCAAUUGCGGGAGGAAAAAGGGAAUCAUCAUCGAACGCCCACAAACACUGAUUGAGGAGGACCCCCAGUCUGGAAGAGCUGGUCCUAUUGCAAGAGUAGACAUGAUGUUUGAACAGAUUAAACGAAAGUUUAAAGAUGCUCCACAGUUCAUUCUGUGUGUCUUGCCAGAGAAGAAAAACUCUGAUCUUUAUGGACCUUGGAAGAAGAAAACUCUUUGUGACUUUGGGAUUGUAUCUCAGUGCAUUUCCCCCACUAAGGUUAAUGACCAAUAUCUUACGAACGUACUUCUUAAAAUCAAUACUAAGCUUGGUGGGAUAAAUUCCUUGUUGGAAAUAGAGCAUUCCUCCCGCAUCCCCUUGAUAAAAGAUACUCCUACUUUGAUUUUGGGGAUGGAUGUCUCUCAUGGGUCUCCUGGCCAAUCUGAUAUCCCAUCAAUUGCUGCGGUUGUUGGCUCUCGAUGUUGGCCACUUAUAUCAAGGUAUAGAGCAGCUGUGAGAACGCAAUCACCAAAGGUUGAGAUGAUUGAUGCUUUAUACAAGCCUUCUCCCAAUGGGAAAGAUGACAAUGGUAUUAUCAGGGAACUGCUUUUGGAUUUCUAUCAAACUAGCCAAAGUCGCAAACCAAAACAGAUUAUUGUGUUCAGGGAUGGAGUGAGUGAAUCACAAUUCAAUCAGGUUUUGAACAUUGAGCUAGAUCAAAUCAUAAAGGCCUACCAGCUUCUUGGUGAAGUUGAUGUUCCCAAGUUUAUGGUAAUUGUGGCUCAGAAGAAUCAUCACACUAAGCUAUUUUUGGCUAAUGGUCCUGAGAAUGUUCCUCCUGGUACUGUUGUGGACACCAAGAUUGUGCAUCCUAGAAACUAUGAUUUUUACAUGUGUGCUCAUGCGGGGAUGAUAGGGACUUCAAGGCCUGCCCAUUACCAUGUCUUGUUUGAUGAGAUUGGCUUUUCUGCUGAUGACCUUCAACAUCUUAUACAUUCGCUUUCAUAUGUCUAUCAAAGGAGUACUACAGCAAUCUCAAUUGUUGCACCUAUAUGUUAUGCCCACCUUGCCGCUCACCAAAUGGGGCAAUUUUUGAAGUUUGAAGAUUCAUCAGACUCCGCUUCAGGCCAGAGAAGCUCGACAUCAGCAGGGAACAUCCCCAUCCCAGAGCUACCUAGGUUGCACAAGGAUGUCCAGAGCUCAAUGUUUUUCUGUUAAGUUGCCGGUGAUCGUUCCUCAGCUAAGUUUCCCAGUUUCUUAAUAUCGGCGUACAUAACCGGGUAGCUAGGCUAGGCAUACGUAUUUUGCAGGUUCACAAAGUAUCUAGAUGGGGUGAAAAAGUAUCUUUUUGGACUCAAAUAUUUAAAUAUCAAUAGGUACAAAGAUGGAAAAAUUACAUCAUAGCUUUCUUGUUGCUUGUAUCUACAAGCUUUUUCUCUGCUUUUGAUCACAUUUUUAUAUGAUGAUUAAGUUAUUAUCUGUUUUGUUUGCUGUGUAUUA